AUGGCAGUAUCAUUAGCGGAAAAAGCUGCGACCGCAGCCAAAGCCGCCUUCUCGUCCGCCACCGUCAAAUCCUCAACUCCCUUCACCCCCCGGCAAACAUUUGAUGUCUCCACUUCAAUAGUCCGCUCAUACUUCCUCGGACAUCAUCAUGCCGCUUUGUCGCGCAUGCGCCGCAUCCUGUCCAACGUCGGACUGGUCAUCGAAUGCCGGGACAUUCGUGUCCCUCUAUCAUCCUGGAACCCUCUCCUGGAAUCCUCGCUCAUGUACGGCAAUUCCAUGAACUUUGGCCGAGGUGGUGACAAAGGCUUCGUAUCUGGUGGCCCGGGUGGGCCCUGCCGCGCACGUAUCAUCGUAUAUACACACCGGGAUCUUUUGCCACCUGCUGAGGUAGGCAGGAUAUCGACGAUCCUGAGAGACUUCCACAAGCAACACGGGGCGGGCAACACUUCAUUAGUGUUUCAUGGCGCUACAAACAGGAUCAAAGACACCAGGGAGCUCUUGGAGGAAAUCAAGCACGUAUCACAAAAUAACGACACCAUCACGGGCCUCCGAGCGUUGGUGGUUGGCAUGCCCAACGCAGGAAAGUCAACACUCCUCAACCGCCUUCGGUCACAUGGCCAGGCGAUACAAGGUCGUGCUUCGAAAGUCGCCAAGACGGGCGCUGAGCCGGGCGUCACAAGGAAACUUGGCUCGCCGGUGCGGAUCAUUGCGGGGGAUGACAACUCGGAGGGCGUGUUUGUCCUGGACACACCCGGGGUGUUCGUCCCGUACGUGCCGGACGCCGAAGCCAUGCUGAAGCUCACGCUCGUUGGCUGCGUCAAGGAUGGGCUCAUCUCGUGGGUCACCGUCGCCGACUACCUCCUCUUCCACCUCAACCGAUUUGACCCGACAGGGAAGGUGUACGCUGAGUUUUGCGAGGAGCCGACAAACGAUGUCCAUGAGUUCCUCAGAGGCGUGGCUAGGCGCACGGGGAAGCUAGUGAAGGGCGAUGAGGAGUUCUUGGAAGGCGCCGCGGACUGGGUGGUCAGGAGGUGGAGAAACGGGAGGCUGGGGCAAUUUGCCCUGGACGAGGUCAGCUGGAACAGUCUCGAGACGGCAAAGAAGCUGAGCUUGGAGCCACCGUUGAGUAUGAACCAGGCAAGGAAGCGAGAGAAGGAGGCGAGGAAGGACAGGGCGCUGGCGAAGCAUGCCCAGAAGUAA